AUGUUCUUUCAAUGGCAUACCGCUGUCAUCGUCAUCGCUCGCCUCCUUCACCUUGGUCACCUUGCCUACUGCCAGACUUCUGGUAAUCCUUCAACCUCAACCUCCUUAGAACGUCCUUCUUCUACAGAUGAAGUUAUGAAUGGUGUCAUGAAGAAUGUAUGGAAUAAAGAGUUCGUCCCCAAGUUCGAAGAGCUCGACCUCGACUGGGAUAUGAUGGAAAGAGUCGCAGCUGAGCGUCAAUAUCUUAUAUCCACCUUGGUCCUUAAGGGGGCAAAGGAUGCUUACAAGCUUGUCUGGAGAGCCGAUGAAGCAUUCGUCCACCAACUCAGUCCUCUCCGAGACACCCAGCUCACAUUCCGAGAACUCAUCGACAUCGCCGACGACGAAUCGCUCACCACUAUAUACGCAUCUUUUCUAGCUGCACCCCUCGAUACCGAGGAAGAGAAGACGGCCGCCCGCGCCGCUCUGUGCAGGGUUUGGAGCAGGCCUUCUAAUUGCUCCCUCAAGGGCAGGCCGAAUUACUUCGAGUUUCAGGACGCAUCGGCGAGGCUCUUCGCAACAGUCGGGAAGGUUUGGGCGCCCGAUCACCCGGAAAAGGCUGAGAAGUUUUUCCGCAGACUGCUGGGGUUUGGGGACGUCGGUGAGGAGUCCCAGAAAUUCGAGGAGCUGAAGGUCAUGGCGGCGGAUGAGCCUUUGCUGAAGAAGGCUCUUGACGACUUCAUUUAUGAGUUCAAUGUACCGUAUUAG